UUGAAUCGUAACGAAAAAAAACAAGCCGCGUCUUCCUCGCAUUGCGCGUCAUUCAAACAGGACUCAGUGUACUGCUUUUCCCUCUGUUGCAUUAGUAAUAACAGCGGCGUUGACGGGAGACAGCAGGAGAGAGUGUGUGUGUGUCUCCGACAGCGGUGCCCAGCGGAGGAAUAUUGAGCUUUUUAUUUACUCUGCAGCUUGUUGUUCAUUUUCUCUGCGUUAUGGUGAACUUGUACAGUCACGUGUGAAGAUCUCUGCAAACAUAGAGGACGACGACUUCUCACCUGGUGUGUCCCUUACACUUUACCGCGAGGAGAAUAUACCUGCCAUUUUUUUGUGAUAGCUGACAUCACUGGACUCCUUCCACUCCUGUGACGGACAACAACCGCAAGUUCUCUCCCUUAGGGAUGAAAUAUGCACACUCUGCGCCCGUAGAAAAAAGCAGACGACACACACUGUAAAGUCCAAAGUGGUUUUAAAUCAUGAUGAUGCAGGAGUCGGCCACAGAGACAAUAAGCAACAGUUCAAUGAGUCAAAAUGGAAUGAGCACCCUAAGCAGCAGCCAAUUAGAGGCUGGCAGUAGAGAUGGGAGAUCAAGCGCUGGUGACACGAGCAGCGAAGUAAGCACAGUCGAGCUGCUGCAUCUGCAACAACAGCAGGCCCUACAAGCAGCGAGGCAAUUACUCUUGCAGCAGCCAGGCAGUGGCCUGAAAUCUCCAAAGAGCCAGGACAAGCAGCGUCCACUGCAGGUUCCAGUGUCAGUGGCCAUGAUGAGUCCCCAGGUGAUCACGCCGCAACAGAUGCAGCAGAUCCUCCAGCAGCAGGUGCUCUCCCCCCAGCAGCUCCAGGCCCUGCUCCAACAGCAGCAGGCGGUAAUGCUGCAGCAGCAACACCUGCAGGAGUUUUAUAAAAAGCAACAGGAGCAGCUUCAUCUGCAGCUUCUCCAGCAGCAGCACCCUGGCAAGCAGGCUAAAGAGCAACAGCAGCAGCAGCAGCAGCAGCAGCUGGCCGCCCAGCAGCUCGUCUUCCAGCAGCAGCUCCUGCAGAUGCAGCAGCUCCAGCAGCAGCAGCACCUGCUCAACAUGCAGCGGCAGGGCCUGCUCUCGCUGCCUGGGCCCGCUCCCGGCCAAGCCGCCCUGCCCGGACAAACCCUGCCCCAGUCAGGUAAGAGGACGAGGAGGGCUGGCGGAGUGGAAGAAGAGAGGAGAGGCACUGCUGGCCUAAGCCCCGCAGAGCUCCAGCAGUUGUGGAAGGAUGUGACUGGAGGCGGCGCUCACAGCAUGGAGGACAACGGCAUCAAACACAGCAACAGUGGCACCGGCAACGGCGGGGGUGGCGGCGGUUUAGACCUCUCCACCAACAACUCUUCCUCAACUACCUCCUCCUCUAAUCCCGCCAAAGCAUCGCCGCCCAUCUCUCACCAUUCCAUCGCCAAUGGACAGUCCCCCGCCCUCAACCACAGAAGAGAGAGGGAAAGGGAACGGGAAAGGGAGCGAGAGAGUUCACUACAUGAAGAAAGUGGAGGGACCCACCCCCUGUAUGGCCACGGCGUGUGUAAGUGGCCCGGAUGUGAGAACAUCUGCGAGGACUAUGGACAGUUUUUGAAGCACCUAAACAGUGAACAUGCCCUGGAUGAUCGGAGCACAGCCCAGUGUAGAGUCCAAAUGCAAGUCGUACAGCAGCUGGAAAUACAACUAUCUAAAGAACGUGAGCGUCUUCAGGCGAUGAUGGCCCACUUGCACAUGCGGCCCUCGGAACCCAAGUCAUCUCCCAAACCACUCAACUUGGUCUCCAGUGUCACCAUGUCCAAGAACUUGCCCUCAACAUCGCCUCCCAACUUACCUCAGACACCAACCACGCCCACAGCACCUAUCACACCCAUGGCUGCCAUGCCCCAGGUGCCAUCAGUACUGGGAGGAGCAAACGUCCCCAGUAUGGGAGCCAUGCGCAGACGCCACUCGGACAAAUACUCCAUGCCUCUGUCGUCAGGUGGUGACACAGUAUUUAUUUUUCCAGAGAUUGCCCCAAACUACGAGUUUUAUAAGAACGCAGAUGUCAGACCGCCAUUUACUUAUGCAACCCUCAUAAGACAGGCUAUCAUGGACUCUGCCGACAUGCAGUUAACGCUUAAUGAAAUCUACAGCUGGUUCACACGCACGUUCGCCUACUUCAGACGCAAUGCUGCGACUUGGAAGAACGCUGUUCGCCACAACCUCAGUCUGCACAAGUGCUUUGUGCGUGUGGAGAACGUGAAGGGGGCGGUGUGGACCGUAGAUGAGAUGGAGUACCAGAAACGCAGGUCGCAGAAGAUCACAGGAAGCCCAUCACUUGUCAAGAACCUGCCCUCCAGUCUUGGCUAUGGAAGUGCACUAAACGCCAGCUUACAGGCUGCCCUGGCAGAGACCUCCCUGCCUUUGCUGGGGACCCCCGGCCUCAUGACCAGCGGCUCCACGAUGGGAGGCAGCUGCCACGGCCUCCUCGGUGGAGACCCGUCCAUCCUGACGGGCGGAAGUCCGCCUGGGCUGUUGGGAGCGAGUCCACCCGGACUUUUGGGCGGGAGUCCACCAGGACUGAUGGGUGGCAGCCCCCCAGGUAGGCUGAGCGGCAGCCCCCCCACCCUGUUGCAUUCCGCCCAUGAGGGUCUCAACGGCUCACUCGACCAUCUGGACACCAACGGACACGGCAGCCCCCGAUACUCCCCACCAGUACACAUGCCACCCAUUCACGUGAAGGAGGAGCCACUUAACAUGGAUGACGAUGACUGUCCGAUGUCACUGGUGACGACAGCCAAUCACAGUCCAGAGCUGGACGAUGACCGGGAGCUGGAGGAAGGGAACUUAUCGGAAGACCUGGAAUGACUAGGAUACAGUUUUUGGUCAACGUUUCCCUUCCCCCAGCCGCACUGUUUCUCUCACACAGACCUCCUGCAAAACCAGAAACCACUCCACAGUCCAAGCAACCACAGCUGACUCUCUCUUCUGUCUCUCUCACCACUGGGACUAUUUAUUGAGCAUGCAUCCGGAAGGAGACCGGUCCAAAGGAACUCUUCGUUGCAGCCCUUUGGGAUCCCCAAACAUGACAGGCAUGAGAUGUCUGAUUUAAAAGAAUUAACUCUUUGAGACCUAUUUCAUUAGAGAUGGCGUGGCCACAUACAGUACAAGGAUGAUGGACUCAUGGAUUGGGGGUGGAAACAUGAAACAAAUGAGCAAAUCAUGUUCCGUUGAAAGCUAGCGGCCUCAUAUACUGCCAAAAAGGAAGACGUUUUAUGUUUGUGAAUAAUCCAAGCCCCAGUAGUUGUUAAUGUCUAGAGACAAUUGCUGGCUCAAUUCAAGUUGUUGCUCUGUUAUCAUUUGCACAGGAGUAGUCUCAGAAAUUUGUGUCACUGCCUGUAUGUUGCUACUAUUAUGAAAACCAGUAUAUAAUUUUAGCUUCUUUUAUUUUUUUUUUACCAUCGUUAAUUUCAAAAUCUGAUUUUAGACACCACCAACUGUAUAUGCCAUUCCCUGAAUCACACCAGUAACAGAACUGCGGUUCCAAGACUAUUGUUGCAGCUGUCCAGAAAAAAAAGAAAAAAAGUUGGCUUCCAGUCUAUUAUCUGUUUGUGAUUGAAAGUAAAAAAAAAAAAAAAAAAACUGGAAAUUAAGUUGGGAGAAAACUAAUAGUUUGUAUAAAGCACCAUUUACAAAACAAAUGCAUUUCCGCAUAAUUGCUGUUCUCCUUACCUCCUCGUUCUAAAGCUUUGUCUACCUGCAAACAGUCACAGGCAACAGCUAGAAACCAAAGCCAACACUAGCAAUGGCCAAUAGCUUAUAGACAGAAGCCACCAAACUCCUCUUGGUCCGUCUUCUGUGACUUUAAACUAGUACAAAGAGAAGCUUUUGUUCCGCAAACUACCUUCGAAUAACCUCUGGGAUUGUUUCAUUUAGCCCUAUACAAAGAUGAUCACGAGAAAGAGAGAGGGGGAAAUAAAUGCUGAUUUUGAUGUGUAAUUUGAUAACUCAUAGAAGUCCACUUUGGAGAUUUUCUGCCAGACGUACUGUAGGUAAAAAGGUGAUGUGAUAUUUGAACUGCAGGCAUUUUGUGCUGGUGAUUUGACUGGUAGAGAGCAGCUAACUGUAAAAGUGGAUCAUGACCAAAACAAAACAUUUGUGUAUUCAAUGGAAGUGCAGAACCUUUGUGUUGUUUUGCAUAUAUUUUUUACUUUUUGUUGUGCAUUACACAUCAGACGUCAUUGUUUUGUUUUAUUUUCAUGAUUUUUUUCUAACCUGGUGAAUAUGUAAUGUUCUAAGUGGGACUGUCAAAAUAAUGUCACGUCUUAUUUCCGUGGCGGUUUUGUUCCGAGCCGCGUCGAAACCGAAACUGAAAACAUCGCUAACCAAACAUGAAAAAUAUCUAGUGAAGCCAAAUAAGUCAUAAUUUCAAGUUGAUAUGAAAUGGCUUGGUUACCAUGUAAAAGCAAAUAAUAAUAGCCAUUUCAGAAGAGGAUAUCUAAGGUGAAAGUUAACCUUUUCUAGGUGAUAUUUGCUUUAACAUCAUUGAAUACUCAUUGUGUGGUUCAUAGCUUCUAAUUUAUAUAUAGAUACAACUGGUGUUAGCACUGAUGUACUCUGUAUAGGUAACCAGCUUUUUAUAACACACUUGGUAUUUAACCAGACUAAAGAGAAGUAGUUAUUGUGGAGACUACGGCCCAUCAUUUCCUUCACAGCUAAUGUCAUCUAGAAAAGUGUUGUUGCUUUAAGGUCAUUUCUGUUUUCAGUAAACCAAAGUUACACAAAAUUCUGCCUCCUCUUGUAUGGGAUAAAUAAAUGCUAAAACAACCACACACACACACCCUGUCAGAGACUAGCAUACAUGCGCACGAACAGACACACACAGACCCCGAGCUUUUGGUCUGCCAACCUUCUUGUUUCGGUUUAGCUCUCCAGCUGCAAAAAAUGUAUGCUGUCAAAGAACCGACAAGUUGCUUUGUAUUGUGCUGUAACGACCAAAAUGGAAACACUGUGCAUAUGUUGUUUUCAAGUGUGGUGCCAAGCCAAGGAAUUGGCUGUAAGAGCUUAAAACACAGACACGUGCAGUACUGUACAAACACGCAGUAUGUGAAGUACACACACACACACACCCUAACACACACACACACACAACACACACACACACACACACACACACACCCAUGCCAGUUCCACGUCAAGAGGGUACUGGGCCCAGGAACAAAGCUUAUCCCUUCAAUACUUAGCUGGAGUCAGCAAAAUGACUUGAAGACGACGUUCUUAAUAAUCUUAUCACACCAAAUAAAAAGGACACUGCGUCUUUCAAAAAAAAAAAAAAAAGAAAGAAAAAAAAGGGUUCUCCCACUCACCCAAAAAGGCUUUCUAAAAGCUUCUACCUCUGCACAAGAAAUUCAGAACAAUUAUGACAGAUUGCACGAGUUAUUAGAAUGCCACAAGAGCUGUUACACUUUACUACGCUUGUCUCAUAGGACGUGGCUCAAACCAACGUUUACAUUCCCUGCGUCAAGAUAUGGAAGAUUUGCAUUGUAAUAGGUUGUCCUCAAACAUUUGUAGAAUGAUAAUGUAUAGAUUACCUGUAAGGGAAUAUUGUGUUUUAAAAAUGCAUGUCUAAAAAUCAUUUGGUGGACUGGAAACAAGAACCAAUAAAAAGAAUAUAAUAAAAAUCAUCGGGACGAUGGCCUAAAUGUACGUACAAUGCAUAGGAGUGCGUUACCUCAGAUAUACUGUUUUGGGAGGGAUAAAACCUGUCAGCCACAGAAUGCAUAUUACCUGUAGAUUUGCAUGGGUUUUGUAUAAAUUAAGUAAAAAAAAAAAAUGUCUAAAAUAGUUGCUUGCACAUAAUACCAGAAAGACCUCCAGAACUGCGAUCUGCUCCUCCACUAGAUUUUAGGAUUGUCUGGAUUUUCUGGGUUGAUUUUGUCUGUAUUUUGAUAACUGUGCAUACUUAUGUAAAAAAAUGUUGGUGGACCCAUAAAUUUACCAGACUUUUUUCUAAGAGGAAAAAAAAUCUCAGUGUUUCUUUUCUGACUUACCUGAAUUUUUACUGUUUCUCUCUCAUUGCUCGCUAAGAAUAGCAAACCUGCUUUUUCUGCAUCUGCUUUGCGUAGCUGUAAGGCUUAACCUAAUGUGUGUAUUUAUUGCUUGUACCUCUGUGCAUACUUUAUGAAGCAUUAUGUCUGGCAGUUGAGUCAUGUAUCCUUUCUACUGCUAUCCUUCUCUAAUAAUUGGGAAUAUGAUCCCCCUAUGUAUACAGUAAAUUGGGACUGUAGCAAACAUAUGUUUAUGUAAUUGGUGAAAACUUUUCUUUGUUUUCAUUUCCUUUUGAUCGAGAUUCAACUACUUUUUUUGAUACUUUUCAUUACUGUGUACUGUGUCCAUACGUUAAAGGUUCUCUGACAUUAGAAGGUCAUGGUUGAGAAUUGUAACAGACGUUAUUAUUUUCUGUAUUCAUGGCAUUUCACUGCUGAAUAAAAUAAAGGACCAAAACUUGGAAAUUUGAAAA